AACCAUUACUCCCUAUGUGCCCUCUCUGCCUGUACAUUACAGUACAAUGUGUUUCACACUCUGAUCUCAAGCCUCUGGACAGUAAUGAGGCUUCCUUAACUCACCUUCAGACUCUUCACUUACUGCAUCCCCUUCAAAGAUUUUAAGGCUUUCUUUUCACCAGUUGGAGAAGUAGUGACGCAGAGUGUCACGCAGCAAUGUCUGUCGUCAAAAUCCUGUGCUGUUUGCUGUUAACAUAUCACCUCAAUGAGGCGAAGGAAACCAAAGGAAGCAGAGCAGCGGACGCGGAGCAGAGGGGGGUCCUGAAGCCGCAUGUCGGCAGCUCAGUCUUCGGCCUGUUUGUAGAAGGUGAGGAAAACUGCGUGCUGGACCCUCUGCAGCUGCACACUCUCACCUCCUGUGGCUUCAACAGCAGUAAUCCCCUCAUCAUCAUCACUCACGGGUGGUCGGUGGAUGGUUUGAUGGAGAGCUGGGUGCACAGGUUAGCCACAGCCCUGAAGACACAUCUAAUAGACGUCAACGUGGUGAUUACAGACUGGCUGCUCCUGGCUCACCAGCACUACCCCACAGCUGCACACAGCACCCGCACUGUUGGGAAAGACAUAGCUCACUUGCUGCAGUCACUUCAGGUACACUACCAGUUCCCGCUUAGAAGGGCUCAUUUGAUUGGCUACAGCCUUGGGGCUCACAUCUCUGGAUUUGCUGGAAGCUAUCUGGAAGGUUCAGAGAAGAUUGGAAGAAUUACUGGUCUUGAUCCAGCGGGGCCCCUGUUUGAAGGCAUGUCUCCCACAGACAGACUGUCUCCCGAUGAUGCUGAAUUUGUGGACGCCAUCCACACCUUCACCCACGAACGUAUGGGCCUCAGUGUGGGCAUCAAGCAAGCCGUGGCACACUAUGACUUUUACCCCAACGGAGGAGACUUCCAGCCAGGAUGUGACCUGCAGAACAUUUAUGAGCACAUAGCCCAGUACGGGCUCCUUGGUUUCGAGCAGACGGUGAAAUGUGCACAUGAGCGGUCGGUGCAUCUGUUCAUUGACUCCCUGCUGAAUGAAGACAAACAGAGCAUGGCCUACAGGUGCAGCGACAACAGCGCCUUUGUCAAAGGCGUCUGUCUGGACUGUCGGAAGAAUCGCUGCAACACGCUGGGCUACAAUAUCAGGAAGGUCCGCAGCGGCACCAGCAAGAGGCUGUACCUGAACACGCGGCCUCGGAUGCCUUACAAACUUCAUCAUUACCAGUUCAGGAUCCAGUUUGUCAACCAGAUGGAGAGCAUUGAGCCCUCUCUCACCAUCUCCCUCACUGGAACAAAGGAAGAGAGCGGCGACCUCCCCAUCACAGUCCCUGAGACAAUUUGGGGCAAUAAAACGUUCACCUUCCUGAUCACUCUGGACAAAGACUUGGGGGAUCUGAUGUUGCUCAAAUUGCACUGGGAGGGAUCGGCUAUGUGGAAGAAUGUGUGGAACCGGGUGCAGACCAUUAUCCCCUGGGGCAGCCAGAGGACGAAACCACUGCUGAGCGUGGGCAAGAUCAGCGUCAAAGCAGGCGAGACGCAGGAGAGGACAUCUUUUUGUGCCAUGACAGAUGAGGGCCAACAAGUUGAAGUGUCGCAAGAUAAAGUGUUCGUGCGCUGCAAAGAAGACACACAGAAACAGCGGAGAAGGAAGCACAACAGACUUGUGAGGGCGCCUUAAGUCCUUUCAGCAGACUGAAGAUUGUCUGAUGGACGACCCUGUGAGUUCACAACAACUCCUGAGAGUGAGGCUGUACAGAUUCAGGGAGUAAAUUAAGAAUGAUUCAUUCUCUCAAAGAACUGGCACCGAAGAAAUGCUGAUAAAGUUUUUCAGGAGAAUUGAAUCCUGGGAAACUGAGGCUAGAGAACAACUAGCACCUAUUGUAAACUUAUAUACAUAGUUUAAAUUUGAUUAUGUGGUAAAAUUAUAAAUGCGUAUUGCAUAUGACCUUUGUACCAGACACUUUGUUGACCAGAGCCACAGUGCAGUUUAAAGAACCGGACAGAUGUACAUUAUGGUCUGUCUCUCAGGGGGAUAUAAACACCUGGCCAUUUGCCAAUGCAAACAUUAACCAGACAGUGAACACGAAGUCAACGACCUUUUGAUGACAUUAGUGCCAAAGUAUGUAAAGUUUUUUUUUCUUUAAGUCUUCUAUAUAAAAUGAUCAAUCUCAUCAUUAAAAACCUGCAUUACUCCUUUAAAUCACAUCAUCUGCUAAUCAAACUCAAACCAGAAACCAAUAAAUAUGCACUCUGUUCUUUUCUAUUCUUCUGUGUUUUCUUUUACACACACCCAUGUACUGACAAACCAACUCAUCACCAGAAUGUCAAAGAUGCUGUUGAAAAAGCUCAGACUGGCAACUCACAGUUACAGUUAACUCCUUCUGUACAUUAUAAUAGAAUUAUAAUCUGCAGCUAAAAUGUCCAGCUGCUGUCCAGCAGUCAGCUUGAGAAUCACAGCUCAAACAGUAAACACGGACAUCUGGCAGAAACCUGUAAAGCAACAUUAUGUAGAAAUCGUUAUUUUGUGCGAGUUGGUCCCCCUCCCAAAGUUUCUGAGUUCAACACUGGUUUCAUAAAAACAAAUACCAGGUCUGUAGCUGUUUGACAGACAUAUUGUAGCUGCUGACUACACACAAACCUCAGUGCAUCGUAACAAUGUUUUGUGUUGAAAACUUGUAUGUUGAAGUAAACGUCUAUGUUGUGACACCAUCCACCCUUUUACCAGACACUGUACCAUCAACAUGAUUUAAGAGCUGUUAUGUUAAAAAGUUACAUAAUGUUGCUUUAAUAAAUUACAUUUUACAGUGCGUUUGAUAUUGCGUAAACAUUAAAAAACAAAACAUUUGAUCAAUUCUGGUUUAUUAAUGCAUUUCAAGUAGUUCAAAAGAAAUUAUACUUCUGCACAAUACCUUUGCAAAUUUAGUCAGAUUUUAAGUAAGCAGAACAGAAAACAGAACACAAAAAAGGUAAACAAACAAACAAAAAAAAAAAACAGACCAUUGAAGACACUGUAUAAAACACAGGACACAUUAAAAUCAGACAGUAGUUUUGAAUCUAUGCCAUUUUGGAUUCUUUGUUUACAUCAAUUACACUUCAGUGCACAUUUGCUCAACAUCA